AUGGCGGGCAAUCGAGACAUCGAGCUGACGCAUGUCAUUCAGCACCACAUGUCUCAGACUGAGGCGCAGGUCAGCGUGCACCAGGUCCAAAGCCCGUCUGGUAGCGGCAAGCGGCACCAGAUCAUUAUCGAUAUCAAGCAGGAUAUUGAUAUGGAUGAGCUGUCGACUCGCUCGUUAGCGGAGAGUGUGAUGGAGACGCUAGGUGCGCGAUCAGCAGCUGUGUAUAUAGAUAAUUCACAGGUGCAAGGUGAAAAUUCGGAUAUGGAAUCUCUGACGACAGUGAACGUUAUUGUGGCUAACGAUUUGAGCCAGACAGCUCCUAGUCCUCAAGUUGAGGAGACGGAAGUGGUUGAGGAGUCACAGCCUGAAUCCGGUGUGCUACCCGGGAAUCGAAUAGCCGUCGAUCGGAUCGUGGAAAUGACGAAUGCGGCGACAACAUCGAAUGAUACACCCACAACGACAACGACUACGUUAUCGAUAACCACUGUGGCCACCACUACUGCGUCAGGU